AUGCAAUUCCUUAUCAUACAUAGUGUUUCCUCACUGAACAUUACCAAUGAAUAUCUCAACCACAAAUGCCUUCAUAAUCAAGGGAAAUAUAACUCUGGAAGCCAGUACGAGGAGAACCUCAUUGAUGUCUUUCAUUAUGUUUCUAAUGAUACUUAUGAUGAGACCGGUUUCUCACGCACAACUAUCGGAUCGACUCCCGAUUCUGUUACCGUCACUCUCCAGUGUCGUGGUGAUUCUUAUGGGUCUAACUGCCGUACAUGCGUUGCCAUCGCAAUCAAAACGUUUUUUAAGAGAUGUCCAAAGAACAAAGGAGGAAUAAUAUGGUACGAUCAGUGUUUUCUCUAUGUUAGUAUGUUUAGAGAAAAAAUUCCAAUCAAGACUAAUUACGAGAAUAUUUUUUCCAUGAACAACCCAAAUAACGUGAGAGGAGAUGGAAAAUUGUUCGCCAAAAGGGCGACGAAUCUUUUUAAUGAGCUAACACUUAAAGUCAGGAAAACCACCAGUGACGGCCUUGGCCUCAUAUUGUACGCAGCAGGGGAAAAUAAACUAGGGAAAAGUAAAUUGUAUGCAAUGGUGCAGUGUAUGGGACUAACAUUAGAUUGUAAAAGUUGUUUGGUAUGGAGUAUCAAUAAGCUUUUCAAAAACGGUGACAUUAAACAAGGAGCAAGAGUUUUGGGUACGAACUGUGAUGUAAGAUAUGAGUUGUACCCUUUUCUUAGAAGUUAA